AUUGUGCGCAUGCGCGCAUUGAAGAACAUGGCUGCGCCCAUGGAGCUUCGCUGCUGGGGAGCAGGUUGGGGUUUACCCUCAGUGCACACGGAGACUCUUAUUGUCCUGGCAUAUGCCAAGUUUUCUGGUGCUGACUUGAAAAUACAUGUAGUUGACUGUACGUGGAAGACUUUAACAGGAACUAUCCCGGCAUUGGUUUUGGAAGAAACUGUUGUGACAGGGCAUGUAGAAAUUCUCAACCAUCUUAGAAAGCAGAAAUACAAUGCUGACUAUGACUUGUCUGCAAAGCAGGGAGCCGAUACCUUGGCAUUUAUUGCACUACUUGAAGAAAAGCUGUAUCCAGCAUUGUUGCAUACAUUUUGGGUGGAUGCUGAAAAUUACUCCAAUGUUACCAGACCAUGGUUUGCAUCUAGGAUACCAUUCCCAUUAAACUUUUACCUACCUGGAAGAAAAUCAAGUGAAGCAGUAAACCGAAUACUUUUGACUCAAGGGAGGCCACCUCUGUAUAGUAUCAGUGAGAUUGAAGCCAAGAUUUACAGUGAUGCCAAGGAGUGCCUAAAUCUUUUAUCAUAUAGAUUGGGUUCAUCAGAAUAUUUCUUUGGUAACACACCCACCAGCCUUGAUGCCUUUAUAUUUGGUUUUCUUGGACCACUCCACAAAAUUCACCUUCCAAGUGGACAGCUCCAGCAGCACCUUAAACAGCUGACAAAUUUGUGUCACUUUUGCGAUAAUAUUAUAAGCACCUUCUUUAUGCCGAAUGCAUCUGGAUUUGGUUCAUUUGGCCAAGAAGCAGUUGAUGCAAAUCUACAGAAACUAACACAACUUGUAAACAAGGAGUCCAACUUAAUUGAAAAGAUGGAUGAUAACCUCCGAAGCAGCCCUCAACACAGAUCCAGAAAGUCAAAUAAUAUGAGAUCAUCACGAGUAUUAAAUGGAGGUGACGAGUCUUCAGUUUCUGCCUAGCCCUCACCACAUUAGCUUUCUUGAAGUCUCAGGAACUGAAUGUUUGUAAUUAAAAGCUUAGUUUUCUACCGAGGAGCGAAUACCUGUUUGGUUUCAACUCUGACAACUCACUGUAACUUGAUUUGACAGAAUGGCUUGGAUCUCACAACUAUCCCGUGCCCUUUUGUAUUUUCAAGUUAGUUUUGCACAUUUUAUUAUAUUACUAUUGCAGGUUCACUUUUGUCAAACCACACAACUGAGUUAUUUCUGUUUCCUUUUCAGUCAGAUGAUGAGUAUGACGGUACAGGCUUUAUUCCAAUAAUGAAUGCGUGAUAUGGCUGCUGCUCAGUUUCUUUCCUGAGUUUUAAAUAUUUCUGUGUAUGAUUUUGAAGUUCUGAACGUAAAGUGCGUUUUCUGCUCUAUUGGUAGAUGCGCUUGGGUUGAAAACAAGUAAAAUAUGCUGAAACAGCCGUAAUUUACAUAGUAUUAAAAUGAAAUGGGUCAACGGAUGUUUAUCCCACAAAAUCACAUUAUUUAAACCUUCAUUUUUUUUUCCAUUUUUGUAGUAUUACGUCUUAUGAUGUGUUUUUAUUUUUCAUAAAUUAAUUCCUUGCAUGUUGUUUUGACUUUUUUUCAGAUUUCAUCUUUUAAUUUGGUUAUCAUAAACAGUGAGUUUACUACCAAAUUUUCAUAUCAGACGUAUUAUAUUGUGAAGGGGGUGCUCACAACCUAUCGUUCCCCUUGACAGAUUGUUCCUUUCCCUGACACUCGGGCCCUACAGCCUUCAGAAAAAACUAAAUAAAACGCAAGCACUUCCAAUUAUCGCUCAUCUUCAAAAAGCCCAUGGGAAGCAGCUUUACAAUCUUAGCCCCCAGUACCUUUUGAAGUUGUCCCCAUGCCUGCCGUCUAUCCAAGAGACAGCAAGAUUAGGCCGUGAACACCCCCUUCACGUUUACCUUUAUCACUUUGCACUAAGCGUACAUUUGUCUGAUUUAUCAAUUACUGUUUAGUGGCUGCACUUUUUGUUUUUAUUGCUACUGAAAUUGUCCCAUUGUAUCUCUACUUUGUCUAUGAAUUCUGAUAUCAUUCCUGUAAAUUCCUCAAAUUCUGCCCAUCAUAUAUUAAGGCUGCGUCCACACUACUACUAUUUAAAUGUCAUUUGUAAUGUAAAUGGUCUCUGUCCACACUAGCGUUUUCGCAACGUUUACGAAAGUAUCUCCAUCCACACUACAACAACCCAAGAUACACAUGACAUAGACAUUUGCCUGUGUUCAUUGGCUGAAAAUUCUUUGAAGGGCUGGUAAUGCUGCCAGCCGCAGGAUUUAUCUUAAAACUUUACGAACUGGUAAAUGAUUUGCCCCCCUAUACCACCCUUUUUUUGAUAUUCUUUAUUAAUUCCAAAUGGAAAUUGUCUUUUCGCCUGAUCUUGGCGGUCAGAGCGCAGGGCAGCCAUUGUACAGUGCCCCAGUGCAAUUUUCAGGUUAAGGGCCUUGUUCAACGACCCAACAGAAUAGGAACCCUUCUGGGAGUAACGGCGUAUGAACGGGCAACAUUCCGUGUACCAGCCUCAGAAUCGCCCCUCCAUCUUUUUGUGCAUGUAUGCAGCAUUCAAACUGUACAAAACACAAUUCAGAUCGCAUAAAGUUCAGCAACACAACAAGUGCUGCGGAUGCCAACUCUUCUUGCGUUUUUCUUCCGUGAAGGGUGACUAAUCAGGGAAUGAGAUGAUGUAAUGCUCUGGACCCAAUCAUGGAAGGGCUACGUAAUAAGAACGAACAAAUCCGAGCGUGAUUCAAGUCUGUGUUUUCACCCAUCUACGCUGCAUUGCAGAGCCGGUGUUUUCAGCAGUACAGUAAUCCCUUGCUAUAUCGCGCUUUGACUUUCGCGGUUUCACUCUAUCGCGGAUUUUAAAUGUAAGC